GGACUGCGACCAGUACGACCACCGGCUAGGAGGGCAGCCAUUUUGCCUAGUUGCGAGAAACUGCUUCUGCGAAUUUGGUUGUGUUUUCGGCCUAGAAACGAGCGUUCGAUGCGUUCGGACGCGCUCAGCGCCGAUUGAGCCGAUUCUUGGACGAAGUUGUGAGGUGCGUGGCGACGAAUUUCCGUUGAGGAGCGUGCGGAAGCGCCGUCCCAGCCGCCACCAUGGAGCUGGACAGGGCGGGCCAAGAGGUGAUCAAGGAGUUUAGAAGUUCGUUGGCCGACCUUGUGGUCAACAGCAGGCCUCUGAUUCAAAUGCUGACCAUGCUGGCCGACGAGAACAAGAGCAUCGCGCCGGCCAUCGUCGACGCCGUCGAAAAACAGCUCGCCAAGGCCGAUCCCAAGUGCAAACUGCCUGUUUUCUACUUAAUCGACUCGAUUUGCAAGAACGUGAAGAAGGUCUACAUUGACCUCUUCAUGACCAACCUAGUGACCAACUUCUGCAACGUGUUCGAGGAGGUGGACGAAAAGACCCGAGCGUCGCUGUUCAAACUGCGAAACUCGUGGACGGACAUUUUCCCCGCGACAAAAUUGUACGCUUUGGACGCCAGGGUGCAGUUGCUGGACCCUGCGUGGCCCAUCGCCCAGCUGCCCGUGUCCAAAGCCAGCAAGGCCAGCAGCAUCCACGUCAACCCAAAGUUCCUCCAGGGUGCUCCUGACGAUCUCAAAAACAAGGACCUGCUGCUGAAGAAAAAGCAGGAGCUGCUCAAGCUGCAGGAGAAAAAGGUGGCGCUCGAGCUGCUGCAGGCCAGGGCCAGCGCCAAGCAGACCGCCGUCCCUGCCACCAACGUUACCAACUUAACAAAAUCCAGUGCUGACAAGCAGCGAAAAGCACCUAAACCAGUGCCGAUGCUGUUGGGAGCGCAGUCAAUCCUGCUCAAGCCGAACGUGGCGGCGCGGCCCGUGAUCCGGCCUGCGACCAUGACGGCCGCGCGUCCCCCCGAGUGGGCCGCAACGGCCACGUCGGCGCCGUUGCCCGCGCCCGCUCCGCUGUCGCCGAGCAAGGAUCCGCGGCUGGAGCGGGCCAAGGCGCGGCUCGAGGAGAAAAAGGAGAAGGAGAGCAGCAGCAAGAAAAAGUCUGACAAAGGCAGUGAGAAAUCUGAAAAAUCAUCAAAGAGCAGCAGCAGCCGGUCGUCUUCGUCGUCGCCGGGCAAGAGCUGCUCGAAAAAAGAGAGCAAAAAGUCUGGUUCGAAGGGGGCCGCCGCCGGCAGCGCCAGCGGCGCUGACGGCCUCUUCAAGGAGGUGAAAAGCGUGCACCUGCGCAACUACAAGCGCAGGGCGCGCUCUGUGAGCUCGAGCCCCGAGCCGCCCGCCGACAGCUCCAAAGGCGGCGAGCAGAAAAACAAGCCGACGGCCGCCACCACCAGCGCCGCCGCCGCCGCCGCCGCCGCCGCCAUGGAGCUCGACAUCGACCUGCGGAAGCUCGAGUCGCCGCCGGCGGCCAAGAAGCGGCCCAACUCGCCGGACGCGUCCUCGUCGCCGAAAAGAAGCAAACACGCCGAGAUGCUGGACCAUGUGUCCGGCAGGUUGUUCGGCCACGAGGACGUGGACCUGCGGCAGAUUGCGGGCUCGCGCUCUGAGCUGAAGCGGGCGCCGGACUGGGCGCGCUUCAAGGAGAGCAACCCCGACUCGUACCGCUCGCCCCUCAAGAACUGCAACUGGGAGAACGGCUCGGACGUGUCGCUGUCCGACCUCGAGCCGCAGCAGCAGAGCCAGCAGCCCGCCAUGCCCAAGAUCGACGCCCCUGCCGCCGCCGCCGCAGCCGCCGCCUCCGCCGCCCCCGCGGGCGGCAGGCGCUCCGGAGAGUUCGACUCGCUCGGACGACCGCUCCUCUGCAAAUUGUCUGAGGAGGGCAGGGAGCGGCGUCGCUCCUCCGAGGACGUGGACCUGCGGGCCCUGUUAGCCGAGCCAGCCGACGACGCGCAGGACAACAGCGAGAAAAUAAAUCUGAUGAUAGCGCAGGCCGACGAGCAACUCAACAACGGCACCCUCAACAUGACCGAGUACAAAGCCCUGCUCAGACAGGUGGUGCAGUUAAACGAGGCGAGCAAGUUGCGCGAGGCGCAGCGCAGAGACGAGCAGGAGAAUUGGCAGGGGGGCGGCUCCCCCUGGCAGGACGAAGACUCGAGAGAUUCUGGAAAGGCCAGUCCUGAGGACCAAAACGCCAGAGAAGGCACUGACAGACGACCCAGGAGAAGGGACGAUGACGGUCGGAGCCACGACGUGGACGAGCGGUUCCCGUCGCAACGGCGCGACUACCAGCCGCACCGACGCUUCAACCGCGGCGGCGGCCGCUGGAACAACAACAACAACAACAACAUGAACAACUGGGGCGACUCGAUGUGGGGCGGCCCCCGGCCGCCGUUCCAGCGGGGCGGGCCGCCGCGCCCGUACUCGCGGCCGCCGGACUUUGGGCAUCCGCCGCCGCCUCGCUUCUGGGGCCAGCAGCAGUUCGGAGGGGGCCGCGGCGGCGAGCAGUUCCAAGGGACGUCGCGGCCGCCGCCCAACCGCGCCGACCUGCCGCCGCCGGACCCGCGAGAGCUGGCCCUCGCCAAGGCCAACUACCCGCGCGACCUCGUCAUUGACGGCCUCAGCCGAAUGGUCCGAUACUACGGAGACGAGACCUUUAUUCUUUUAAGUUAUGAUGACCCACGCGAAGUGUCCUUCUUCCCGGAAGAGAGGACGAUCGAGUUUGAAAACGGCUACAAGGUGACGAUGAUGAUCGGCUCGCCGCCCAAGGACGUGAUGAUCGGCGGCUCGAUGCACCGAAUCAAGCUGGGCGCGCCGACCAGGGAGUUGAACAUCGACGGCGUCGACUACAGCUGCUACUUCGGCGGCGCUCCCAUCCAGAUCGAGCUCAACGGCCGCCCCAUGCGGGUGCAGCUGCACGGGCCGCCGCCCAGGGUCAAAAUCGGCGAGUUCAGACGCACCGACUACUGUGCCGGAAAGAUCACAAUGAGCAUCGACGCCAUGGCGCACGUGCCGGUCUUCCUGGACGCGACGCAUCAGCUGGUGCAAAUCGGCGGAGUCCCGCACGUCAUCCGCUUCGUGGACAGCCUGCGGCGGGUGCUGAUCAACGGACAGCCGUUCGUGUUCGACUACGGCGGGCUGCCGCAGCCGGUGUGGGUGCACGGCCACCGACACUACAUCGGCCUGACGGCGCUGCCGCCGGGUCUCGUGCCGGGCCGCGUCAUCCUCGUCAACAUGGAGGGCGGCCGGCUUCCCAGCCCGCCGCAGACCGCUCAGCCGCCGCAGGAGGAGAGCCACGUGCCCGCCCUGCCCAUGAUCGGCGCCAAGAGCAGCACCAGCGUCGCCAUCAAGAAGGGGCCGCUGGACAAAACUUCCGAGCCAAGGAAGACGCCGCUCACUCGUUCUAUACUCAAUACUAAGCCUCACCUGGACGUGCUGUCCAACCUGAUACCGUCGGCACCGAUUGCGUCGUCGAGCAGCUACAGCUACCAGUCGCACAAGGACAAGGAGGCGGACAAGGAGGCCGCCAUUCCAGCCCUGCCUGCCGACCUGGCGGAGCUGAUGGCCAAGCUGACCGAACACGGCUUCAUUCAGAGCGCGAAUGCGGUGGAGGGCAAGAAGAAGGAGGAGGUGGAGAAGAAGGAGCAGUACAAACCAGUCACCUUUGCCCCCGAAAGCCUCAAAACGCGUCAGACCGGUGCAUACGCAGGAUUGUACUGCGGCAUCCAGUGCAGCACGUGUGGCCUGCGAUUCGCACCUGAGCAGACCCUGAAGUACAGCCAGCACCUGGACUGGCACUUCCGGCAGAACCGCCGGGACAAGGACAGCGCCAAGAAGGCUCAGAGCCGAAAGUGGUACUACGAUGUCUCCGAUUGGAUACAGUUCGAGGAGAUCGAAGAUUUGGAGGAGAGAGCUCAAAGCCUGUUCGAGACGCAGGCAGAGGAGGAGAAGGCCGAGGAGGGUGAGGUUGAAGUGCCUUCCGUGGCCGCAACGGAGAACGAGGAGCAUUGCGAAGUCUGCCACGAGCACUUUGAAAACUUCUUCGCGCAGGACAAGGAGGAGUGGCACCUCAGGGAUGCGGUCAGAGUCGAAGGUCUAGUCUACCACCCCCACUGUUACCAAGACCUUCAGAACCGCUUGAAUAACACGGCUGAGAGCACAGACAUGAACGAAUCCAGCAAGGAAGAGGAGGCCGAGGAACCAGCCAAGGUGGAAGAGCCGGAAUCAGCUGAAGUCGCGCCCGAGGAGGAGAAAAUGGAGGUGGAACAGGAGAUGGCGAAGGUUGAGGACGCGGAGGAGGACAAAGGGCAACUAGUGAAGGUCAAAAGCGAGCCACACUCGGAAGAUGAAGUUCCUGAACAGACUGUCAAAGCGGAGGCAGAAGUUGAAUCCACGGCGAUGCCGGAGGUGAAGGUGAAGUCCGAGCCGAUGGACUUUGAGGAGGAGGACGUGGCGCCGCCACUGGUGCAGGCGACGGUGGACACGACGACGAGCGAGCUGAAGAGCUCGAUCGACGGCAACGUCGAGUUGAGCGACGCGGCGACGCACGUGGCACCGCCGGCGGCCAAGAUCAAAAUCACGAUCACGACGCCGGCGCCAGCGCCGCCGGUGAAGCAGCCCGAGGAGGCGGCGCCGGAGGCCGAGACGCCCGAGGCCGAAGAGGACGAGGCGCCGAUGGCGCCGCCGCGCGACCUCGAGUUCGAACUGAAGCCGCGGCUGCGCGGGCGCAAACUGACUGAAAUGCCGCCGGUGCUGAAAGGGCGCGAGGACUCGGCGCUGUGUUCAAUCAUGUGAUUUUGCCGUCGGAAUUUUCCCGAUUUCGGGACGGCGUCCGUUGUUGCGACGCCGGCCGCCGGUUAAUUUGCUUUUUCGCCGUCGCCGCCGCCGCACAGACCGAAAUAAAGUUGUUGGACAAAAACAGAA